AUGGACAGGCAGAUACUGGCCAAUCAAGCAGACAUCAUGGUAGUAAACAAAGACAAGAAGACAGUUGUGGUGAUGGAUGUGGCAGUGCCAGGUGACAGCAACAUCACAAAAAAGGAGUAUGAGAAGCUGGAGAGUACCAGAUUCAGAAGGAGGAACUUGAGAAGAUGUGGAAAAUCUUGUGUCAAUGAAGUUACAGAAAAUGAACAAGCUACAAUUGAUAAGUGUGAAAUUAAUUGGAAUGUGGAAUGUGGACUUAAAUGUAUUGAUUUUAAAACACUUGUAUUAUUUUGCAGAUGGACAAAGCCUAUUUUGCAAAAGGGCUAUAGACAACGUCUGGAAUUAUCAGAUAUUUAUCAAAUCCCUGCUUCAGAUUCUGCUGAUAAUCUCUCUGAAAAAUUAGAAAGAGAAUGGGACAGAGAAUUGGCCUCAAAGAAAAAACCCAAACUCAUCAAUGCUCUUAGAAGGUGUUUCUUCUGGAAAUUUAUGUUUUAUGGAAUAAUACUAUAUUUAGGGGGAAUUACUAAAUCCGUGCAACCUCUUUUACUGGGAAGAAUAAUUGCUUCUUAUGAUCCUUCUAAUUCACUCGAACGAUCAAUAGCCUACUAUUUGGCCAUAGGACUCUGUCUUCUCUUCAUUGUACGAAUGUUGCUUCUCCACCCAGCAUAUUUGGGCCUUCAUCACAUUGGAAUGCAAAUAAGGAUAGCCAUGUUUAGUUUAAUUUAUAAAAAGGUAUGUUUCCUAUUUUGCAGAGUCCUAGAUAACAUAAGUACUGGACAACUUGUUAGCCUCCUUUCGAACAAUCUGAACAAAUUUGAUGAAGGUCUGGCCUUGGCUCUUGUAUGGAUUGCACCUUUACAAGUUGUGCUGCUGAUGGUUCUCUGGGAGAUGUUGCAGGCAUCAGCAUUUUGUGGGCUUGCAUUCUUGAUUCUUAUUGUCUUUUUUCAAGCCUAUCUAGGACGAAUGAUGAUGAAAUACAGAGAUCAGCGAGCAGGAAAAAUCAACGAAAGACUUGUAAUUACCUCAGAAAUGAUAGAGAAUAUACAAUCAGUAAAGGCUUAUUGUUGGGAAGAUGCAAUGGAAAAUAUGAUCGAAAAUCUGCGACAAAGUGAACUGAAGCUGACUCGAAAAGCUGCUUAUGUGAGAUACUUCAAUAGUUCAGCUUUCUUCUUCUCUGGUUUUUUUGUGGUAUUUUUGGCUGUCCUUCCAUACGCACUGAACCAUGGAAUUAUACUUAGAAAAAUAUUUACUACCAUAUCAUACUGCAUUGUUCUUCGAAUGACAGUCACUAGACAAUUCCCUUGGGCAGUGCAGACAUGGUAUGAUUCUCUUGGAACAAUAAACAAGAUACAGGAUUUUUUGCAAAAAGAAGAAUACAAAACACUGGAAUAUAAUUUAACAACCACGGGGCUUGAACUGGAUAAAGUAACAGCUUUUUGGGAUGAGGGAAGUGGAGAGAUCUUUACAAAAACAAAACAGGAGAACGAUAAUAAUAAGAUGUCAUCAACAAAUGGUGGUCUCUUCUUCACUAAUUUCACUCUUCAUUUUACUCCUGUCCUUAAAGACAUCAACUUCAAGAUUGAAAAGGGAGAACUGCUUGCUGUUGCUGGAUCUACUGGAGCAGGCAAGACUUCUCUUCUAAUGCUGAUCAUGGGAGAGUUGGAACCUUUAGAAGGUAAAAUCAAACACAGUGGAAGGAUUUCCUUUUGCCCUCAAGUGUCAUGGAUCAUGCCUGGAACAAUUAAAGAAAACAUAAUAUUUGGUGUUUCUUAUGAUGAAUACCGAUAUAAGAGUGUCAUCAAAGCCUGUCAGUUAGAAGAGGAUAUUUCAAAGUUUGCAGAGAAAGAUGACACAGUUUUAGGAGAAGGUGGAAUAACUCUCAGUGGAGGUCAACGAGCCAGAAUUUCUUUAGCUAGAGCCGUGUAUAAAGAUGCUGAUUUGUAUCUCUUGGAUUCUCCUUUUGGUUAUUUAGACAUGUUAACAGAGAAAGAAAUAUUUAAAAGUUGCAUUUGCAAGCUUAUUGUCAAUAAAACUAGAAUACUUGUCACUUCAAAGUUGGAACACUUAAAGAAAGCAGACAAGAUACUGAUUCUCCAUGGAGGAUGCUGUUAUUUCUAUGGAACAUUUUCUGAACUUCAGGGUCAGCGACCCAACUUAAGUUCUGAACUGAUGGGAUUUGACCACUAUAAUGCAGAAAGAAGAAACUCCAUUCUUACUGAAACACUGCGGCGUCUCUCUAUUGAUAAUGAUGGCCUGGCUUCACGACAUGACAUGAAAAAAACAUCUUUUAAACAAACAUCAGAUUUUACUGAGAAAAGGAAGAACUCUGUAAUGAAUGCACUAAAUUCUAGCCGCAAGUUUUCUCUCAUGCGAAAAACAUCAUUGCUGGUCAAUGCUAAGGAAGAAGGCCUCGGAGAAGCAGUAGAAAGAAGGUUGUCUUUAGUGCCAGAGACUGAACAAGGGGAGGCAAUUCUGCCUCGCAGCAAUGUAUUAAAUUCAGGACCCACAUUUAGAGGCCAGAGAAGACAAUCUGUACUUAAUUUAAUGACCAGAACAUCAAUUCAUCCAAAUCAAAGCAUUUACAAAAAAGGCAGCAUAUCAGGCAUUCAACGACCCUCUGAAGCAGACAUCUAUGCAAGGCGUUUGUCUCGUGGCAGUCUGGUAGAAAUAACUGAAGAACUUAAUGAAGAUGAUUUAAAGGAAUGUUUCUUUGAUGAUUCAGACACCAUGAAUGCAGUCACUUCAUGGAAUACAUACUUCAGAUAUAUAAGCAUCCACAAAAAAAUGAUUUUUGUAUUAUUUAUAUGUUUUUUUGUUUUUUUAAUUGAGGUGGCUGCUUCCCUGGUUGGGGUAUGGCAUUUCAGGGAAUCUGCUCGUUUGCCUCACCCAAAUACAACAGAAUCAACAAACAACUAUUCCUCUGAAGUACUGGGAAACAGUCCAGUUAUUGUUACUAGCAAUAGCAGCUUUUAUAUCUUCUACAUUUAUGUAGGGGUGGCAGAUACCUUGCUAGCCCUGGGGAUUUUUAGAGGCAUACCCCUAGUACAUACUCUUAUAACAAUUUCUAAAAAACUUCACCGCAAGAUGCUUCAUGCAGUACUUCAGGCGCCUAUGUCUUCCUUCAACAAACUCAAAGCAGGUGGAAUACUUAACAGGUUUUCAAAGGAUAUAGCAAUACUGGAUGACUUAUUGCCACUUACAAUGUUUGACCUCAUUCAGUUAAUGUUCAUUGUGAUUGGUGCUAUAGUAGUCGUCUCUUUCAUGGAACCCUAUAUCUUCCUGGCAGCUGCGCCUGUGAUAGGAGCCUUCAUUAUGUUAAGAGCAUACUUCCUGCACACAUCUCAACAACUAAAACAACUGGAGUCUGAAGCUAGAAGUCCAAUUUUCACACAUCUUGUUACCAGCUUAAAGGGACUCUGGACAUUGAGAGCUUAUGGAAGGCAACCAUAUUUUGAAACAUUAUUCCAUAAAGCUCUAAAUUUGCAUACAGCGAAUUGGUUCCUGUAUUUAUCUACCUUACGUUGGUUUCAGAUGAGAAUAGAAAUGAUUUUUGUAAUCUUCUUCAUCGUUGUGACCUUUGUUUCUAUUUUUACCACAGGUAGCGGGGAAGGAAAAGUCGGCAUUAUUCUUACAUUAGCCAUGAACAUUAUGGGAACAUUGCAAUGGGCUGUUAACACAAGCAUCGAUGUAGACAGUUUGAUGCGGUCAGUGAGUAGAGUAUUUAAAUUCAUUGAUCUGCCAACAGAAGAAUCUAAACCUUUACCGGCAUCAAAAAAUAAGGAGCUUUCUCAUGCUGUCAUCAUUGAAAAUGUGCAUGCAAAGGAAGAACAUAUCUGGCCAUCUGGUGGGCAAAUGACAGUGAAGAAUCUUACUGCUAAAUAUGUAGAUGGAGGAUUGGCAGUGUUAGAAAAUAUUUCCUUUUCAAUAGGUCCAGGACAAAGGGUGGGCCUUCUAGGAAGAACUGGCUCAGGGAAAAGUACUUUGCUCUUUGCCUUUUUAAGAAUCUUGAAUACAGAAGGAGAUAUCCAGAUUGAUGGUGUCUCGUGGAACACAAUCCCUGUACAGCAGUGGAGAAAAGCAUUUGGAGUAAUACCUCAGAAAGUGUUCAUAUUCUCUGGAUCUUUUAGAAAAAACUUGGAUCCUUAUGGACAAUGGAGUGAUGAAGAACUAUGGAAUGUUGCUGAAGAGGUUGGACUGAAAUCUGUAAUAGAGCAAUUCCCAGGCCAGCUUGAUUUUGUUCUUAUUGAUGGUGGCUAUGUCCUCAGCCAUGGACAUAAGCAGUUGAUGUGUCUUGCCAGAUCAGUUCUCAGUAAAGCUAAGAUUCUUCUUCUUGAUGAACCAAGUGCUCAUCUUGAUCCAAUGACUUUCCAAGUCAUUAAAAAGACGCUCAAGCAAGCAUUUGCAAACUGUACAGUGAUUUUAUCAGAACAUAGAUUAGAAGCUCUGCUAGAAUGCCAGCGAUAUUUGGUCAUAGAAGAAAAUAAAGUCAAGCAAUAUGAAACAAUAGAGAAGCUUCUUGAAAAGAAUCCUUUCGGUAAAGCAAUCAGCUAUUCCGAUCGAGCCAUGCUCGCCCCAAUAUAUCCCAGGGACUCAAGCAAGCAAAGGUCAAGGCCUCAAAUCAGUGCUUUGCCAGAGGAAACAGAGGAGGACAUCCAAGAAACCCGGCUGUGA